AUGAAAAAGUUCCUGAACGAAGUGAAUGAAGUAAGCGCCCAGAUAGAAGACGGCAAGCAUAUCCUCAAGAAAAUGAACAAACUGACAAGGCGUGUGAGCGGCGCAGCAGAAGAAAAAGAGUCAAAAAAGCUGAGAGACUCUCUCGAAGAAAAAAGAGGCGCUUUCAUAGAGAUAGUUGCAGAAAUAAAAGGGCACAUUGAGAGCAUUAAAAAAAAGGUUCCUGAAAGCUCAAACCAUGAACAGCACAUAAAACAGCAGCAGAUAAGAUCGCUGGUGGAAAGAACAAAGAAAAUAAUAGAAGAGUUCAGCACGGUGCAAAGCGAGUUCAGCGCAGAAGAAAGAGAAAGACUGAAAUCGCAGUACAUCAUAGCCAAGCCAACUGCCACAAAAGAAGAGCUCGAGGCAGUGGAGUACAGCGAGUCUCCCAAGAUACCUUUCUUAAACAACAAAACAGACACGGAGGACAGGAAGAAAAGCGUAAAAAAUAUUUCCAAGGGGAUACAGGAUGUAACGAAAAUGACAGAAGAUCUGAAUCUGCUUGUCCACAAAAAAGACAGAGACGUGGACAAAAUAGAAAUAGAAACAAGCUCUGCAGAGGUAAAAGCGAAGAAAGCAGACGCAGACCUAAAGGCAGCAGAGAAGUACCAAAGAUGGUCCAGAUACGGAAGAAUGGCCUUCUACACCACUCUGAUCGCACUGGCGUCAAUUUUCAUCAUUGCCAUAUUCCUGUGGAUACUCAUGUACAUAAUACUUGCCAUUUUAAGAUACAGACUGUACAAGGGAUUUGGACUCAGCGAUGGAUCAUCAACAGCUAGUGGCACUGGAGCAGCUGGUACAACGGGAACACCAGGAGCAGCUGGCACUGCAGGAGCACCAGGAGCAGGAACUGAUGGUACAGGAGGAACAGCAACUGAUCCUACAGAAACAGCAACUGAUGGCACUGCAGGAGCACCUGGCACUGGUGCAGAUGCAACAGGAACAGAUCCAACACAGAUAAAUAGCCUGGGACAGACAAUAGGCCAGAGCAUCCUUGGCGAUGCCAAUCCGAGCCCGUAA